AACACUAUAUUGUGUCAAAAAAGAGAAAUUUUUGUUACUAUUUUUUUUGGGUUGGAAAAAGAAUUCACUCCUUCCAUCAAAGCUUUUUAGGGCCAAAAAAAGUUAUUGGGUCCCUUCCUCUUUAUUGCAGCAUGGAUGCAAAUUGGGUACUAAUUUCCCUUUUCUUCAUGAGUAGUUGUAGCCAAAAUGCUGCUUCUCUGUACUUCAAAUCUUCAACUCUAUGAGUUUUUAAAGUUUUAAUCUUUGUGUUGUGUUCUUAAGUUUGAUAUGUGAAGAAGAUUAGGUCACUUGUGGUUUUGAAGAAGCUUUCUUAGGUUCUUUGGGUUUUGGUUCUAAGCAAGUCAUUCCCUUCUUGUGGAUUGAAGAUCUUACUUUCUCUUUUGAAGAUUGAGCUUGUUUCUAUGCUACAUUGGUGCUUUUGAUUUCUUCCACAAGAACACUAGAAGGGUAUCUUGGAAAUUUAAUUUGUAUAUGUUUGUUGGUAGGUGUGAAAGAUACUAGUUACUGUCAUCCUUUUGAACUUGAAGAGUGAAAGCUAUGAAGCUCUUUACCCUUUUAGUUUUAUUUUUAUCUUUCUUUUCCAUUAUGGGACAGCUUCCUUCACAGGACAUUUUAGCAUUGUUGGAAUUUAAGAAAUGCAUCAAGCAUGACCCUACUGGUUAUGUCCUGAAUUCAUGGAAUGAGGAAUCCAUUGACUUUGAUGGAUGUCCAUCUUCAUGGAAUGGAGUUCUUUGUAAUGGUGGUAAUGUUGCCGGUGUUGUACUUGAUAACUUAGGUCUUUCUGCUGAUACUGAUUUGAGUGUUUUUUCAAAUCUAUCAAAGCUUGUGAAACUUUCCAUGGCCAACAAUUCCAUAUCAGGAAAACUAACCAACAAUGUUGCCGAUUUCAAAAGCCUUCAAUUUCUUGAUAUUUCCAAUAACCUCUUUUCGUCAUCCAUACCGUCCGGAAUUGGUAAAUUCGAUAGCUUGCAGAAUCUGUCAUUGGCUGGAAAUAACUUUUCUGGUCCAAUUCCAAACACUAUUUCAGAAAUGGCUUCCAUCGAAUCAUUAGACUUGAGCCGCAACACCCUUUCUGAAGCGCUACCACCGUCGUUGACUAAGCUGAAUAGCAUUGUAUCUCUUAACUUGUCUCAUAAUGGCUUCACUGGAAAAAUUCCCAAAGGCUUUGAGCUUAUUUCUAGCCUUGAAAAACUCGACUUGCACAGUAAUAUGCUUGAUGGUCCUUUAGAUGUUGAAUUUAUGCUUUUAUCAGGUGCCAGCUAUGUUGAUUUAAGUGAUAACCUGCUGGUGAGUUCUGAUUCUGGGAAAUUUCUACCACGAAUAUCUGAAAGUAUUAAGUAUUUGAAUCUAAGCCACAACCAGCUUACUGGUUCAUUGGUUGGUGGAGCUGAACAACCUGUUUUCCAAAACUUGAAGGUGUUGGACCUCAGCUAUAACCAAUUGAAUGGUGAAUUACCUGGAUUUGAUUUUGUUUAUGAUCUCCAGGUCCUUAAGCUUAGCAACAACAGAUUUUCAGGAUUUAUUCCGAACGGCUUACUUAAAGGAGAUUCUUUGGUUUUAACUGAACUGGAUUUGAGUGCCAACAAUCUCUCGGGGCCAUUGAGUAUGAUUACAUCAACAACACUUCACUCUCUUAAUCUCUCGUCAAAUGGUUUCACUGGUGAGCUGCCGCUGCUGACUGGAAGUUGUGCUGUACUUGAUCUAUCAAACAACAAAUUUGAAGGAAAUUUAACCAGGAUGUUGAAAUGGGGGAACGUAGAAUAUCUCGAUCUCAGUCGAAAUCAUUUGGCAGGGAACAUCCCUGAGGUAACUCCUCAGUUUUUGCGAAUGAAUUAUUUGAAUCUAUCGCAUAAUGAUCUUAGUCACGACCUUCCAAGAGUGUUAACACAGUAUCCAAAACUUAGAGUGCUUGAUAUCAGUUCCAACCAAUUUAAAGGCCUACUUCUACCUGAUUUUUUCACAAUGCAAACAUUACAAGAGCUCCAUCUUGAAGAUAAUUUGAUCUCUGGUAGCAUCAAUUUAUCAUCUUCUCUUGACCAAUCUCAUCUUCAAGUUCUUGAUCUUUCUCACAACCAGCUUACUAGCUUUUUUCCUGAUGAUCUUGGCUCAUUAACUAGCCUGAAAGUUCUCAAUAUUGCUGGAAAUAGUUUUGUUGGUUCUCUUCCGACCACUAUUGCUGACCUGAGUUCUCUAGACUCCUUGGAUAUAUCAGAUAAUCAUUUUACUGGUCCACUUCCAAAUAACAUGCCAAAGGGACUCAAAGGCUUCAAUGCUUCAAACAAUGAUCUAUCUGGAGUUGUACCAGAAACUCUUAGGAAGUUCCCUAGUUCUUCUUUCUUUCCUGGGAAUGCUAAGUUACAUUUUCCAAACAGUCCUCCUGGAUCAACCCUUUCACCUACUGAAAGUUCGGAGGGAAAGAAGUCCAUGACCACUGUUGUUAAAGUAAUAAUUAUAGUGUCAUGUGUGGUUGCUCUCUUCAUAUUAAUCUUACUGGCUGUCUUCAUACACUACAUACGUAUGUCAAGAUCUCCUACACCAGAAUAUGACACAGGUAAGGAUAUCCGUGGACGCUCGCAGCCAGUUAUCUCUGGACCAGUUCGUUCGACAGAGAGGGGUGGUGCUUUGGUUGUAUCAGCCGAGGACCUUGUGGCCUCACGUAAAGGGUCGCCAUCGGAAAUAGUUAGUCCUGAUGAAAAAGUUGCAGCUGUAGCUGGAUUCUCUCCAUCAAAACACAGCCACUUUUCAUGGUCACCAGGGUCUGGUGAUUCAUUGACUGCUGAAAAUCUCUCAAGACUAGAUACAAGGUCGCCGGAUAGGUUGAUUGGUGAGCUGCAUUUUCUCGAUGAUUCGAUAUCACUAACACCCGAGGAGCUAUCAAGGGCUCCAGCUGAAGUUUUGGGAAGAAGUAGUCAUGGUACUUCUUACAAGGCAACUCUGGAUAAUGGUUUGUUGUUGAGAGUAAAGUGGUUGAGAGAAGGAGUGGCGAAACAAAGGAAAGAAUUUGUUAAAGAGAUAAGAAAGUUUGCAAACAUCAGGCAUCCAAAUGUCGUCGGUUUGAGAGGUUAUUAUUGGGGUCCUACGCAGCAUGAGAAGCUUAUUCUUUCAGAUUACAUUUCACCAGGAAGUCUUGCAAGUUUUCUUUAUGAUCGACCUGGAAGAAAUGGUCCGCCAUUAACAUGGGCUCAGAGGCUCAAAAUAGCAGUUGAUGUAGCACGUGGCCUGAACUAUCUCCAUUUUGACCGAGCUGUUCCUCAUGGAAACCUUAAAGCUACAAAUGUGUUGUUAGAUACAUCUGAUAUGAAUGCACGCGUAGCCGAUUAUUGUCUUCACCGACUUAUGACUCAGGCUGGGACAAUCGAACAGAUUCUUGAUGCUGGUGUCUUAGGUUAUCGUGCACCAGAGUUAGCUGCUUCCAAAAAGCCAAUGCCAUCAUUCAAGUCAGAUGUCUACGCUUUCGGCGUGAUACUCUUGGAACUUUUAUCCGGAAGGUGUGCUGGCGAUGUAAUAUCUGGUGAGGAAGGAGGUGUUGAUCUUACAGAUUGGCUAAGAUUACGAGUAGCAGAAGGUCGAGGCUCAGAAUGUUUUGAUGUGACUUUGAUGUCGGAAAUGGGAAAUCCAGUUGUAGAAAAGGGAAUGAAAGAAGUCCUAGGAAUAGCAAUUCGAUGCAUUCGAUCGGUUUCUGAAAGGCCUGGUAUCAAGACUAUAUAUGAAGAUCUUUCUUCUAUAUAGUAUGGCUCAUGCUAACUACUUGAACUUUGACCUGUCAUGGGAAUCAAUGUCUCAUUGGUAUCUCGUAUAUUUAUUUGUUAAGAGCAUGGCUUUUUAACAUGUUUGUAUUAACCAUUUUUUUUUGUUUGUUAAUGUAAAGCACAUACAUGGCUAGUACAUCAUGAUUGGUAGGAUAUGAUCAUCUAAUUUUGUCUUAAAAUGGGAUGUGUCAUGAAUGAUCAUUUGUCUGCAAGUAUCUGAGAUGAAGCUUGUAAAAGUUGGCAGUGUAAUGGUAUAGCAGUUCUAUUUUUGGUUA